AUGUACUCGAUGACAGCACAGGAUGCUUGGGAGAAGUUGAACAGGUGUUACGAGGGCAGAGGCAAGCAAACCUUAGCCUAUCUCAUCAGCGACCUUUUCCGCAGCACACUUAGUGACGAGUCGCCGCUAGAGCCGCAGCUCAACACGAUGCGGCAGAAGGCCCACAUCCUCGAGACGCUUGGGCUAACGCUAGACGACACGCUCAUCGCCAUCGCUAUGGCUAUCUCCCUUCCUCCAUCCUAUUCAACCCUUCGCACUAUCCUCAUGGCCUCUGACUCGAAACUCACAGUCGAGAAGGUCGUCAACGAGGUCCUUAGCAAGGAGAAGCGACGUGGCGAGACGACCGCAGCAUCUGCGCUCAUUGCGAAGCAUGCUGAUACCAAGUCGAAGUCGAAGGGGAAGGACAAGGACAAGAAGAAGAAGGGCAAGUGCACUUUCUGUGGCUACACUGGUCACACGAAGGACGAGUGUCAGAAGUUCAAGGCGAGCCAGGUGGAGGGCGCCACAGCGAAGGGCGACAAGAAAGCUGAGAAGGCUGCUGAUGCAAAGGAAUCUGCGAAGAUCGCCAGUGUCGGUGAGGCUGACUCCGAGACGCUCCGCCUCUUCGUUGCUGAGGAGUUGGCACGUGGUGAUGACCUCCACCGCUGGAUUGUUGAUUCAGGAGCUUCCUCCCACAUGACAUCUCACCGCGAGUGGUUCGUAAACUACCGUGCCCUCGCUACGUCCAAGCGUGUUUACCUCGGAGAUGAGCGCUUUAUCCUUGCCAUUGGUAUCAGUCAGGUCACACUCCGUGCAGCAGUCGACCAUGGCUCAACGAACACUGGCAUUGUGCAGGAAGUUCUCCAUGUCCCAGAUCUCAAUGGCAACCUGCUCUCUGUCUCGCAGUUUGACCGCAACAGCUACGAUGUUAGGUUCGCUGAUGGUACGUGUCGCAUCAGCAAUGCCCAGGGCCGACUUAGCGCCAUUGGGUACAUGCAGAGAAAUCUCUAUGUUCUCGACGUGACCACGCAGCUCCCCGAGCGUACCUACAUCCUGCAGGCAGAAGAUCUCCCUCCCUCUUACGAUGACUCCAUGGAUGAUCCCCCACUCCACGCUUUUGUUGCUAAGGAGACAACAUCCAGUGCGAGUGCUCAGGUCUGGCAUCGCUGCCUUGGUCACAUCUCCGUAGACUCUGUGCUGAAGAUGGUGCGAAAGGGAAUGGUCAAGGGCAUGUCGAUCGUCGGAGAAAAGGUGAGUAACGUCACCUGCAAGCCCUGUCUCCAUGGCAAGCAGACACGCCAGCCAAUCCCGAAGGAGUCGGAUGUCGAGAAUCCCUGCGUUCUCCAUCGCACCUACUCCGAUGUCUGUGGUCCCAUGCAGACUCAGACGCGGUCCGGCCACCGCUAUUUCAUCACGUUCAUCGACGGACACACGCACCACCUUGUCGCCAACCUCAUGAAGAUGAAGGAUGAAGCGCUUUCACACUUCAAAGCUUUUGUUGAACGAGCUGAGGUCGAGACCGGGCAGCGUGCCAAUAUCCUGCGGACUGAUGGCGGCGGUGAGUACGAGUCGAAGGAAUUCGAAGCGUACCUAAAGGAGAAGGGCAUCCACCACGAAAAGACGAAUGCCUACACUCCACAGGAGAAUGGCGUUUCCGAGCGGAUGAACCGCACCAUCGAGGAGAUGGCCAGGAGCAUGCUCAAUGACGCUGGACUGCCGAACACAUACUGGGGUGAUGCUGUGUUACAUGCAGUACACAUCCUUAACUCUGUUCCAACCUGCACUCUCCCUGACAACCUCACACCACACGAGGCCCACACCGGAAACAAGCCGAGCAUGGCGCACCUCCGCGUUUUCGGCUGCAAAGCCUAUGUCCACGUUCCGAAGGAAAAACGUCAGAAACUCGACUCGAAAAUGUUCGAGUGCACGCACCUGGGGUUUGCUGCAAAUCGCAAGGCCUACCGUCUGGUUCACAGAGCGACCGGCUGCAUCGUCAAAUCCCGCGACGUGUAUUUCGAUGAAGGCACCGAAGUUGCACCCAGUCACAUCACAAUUGAUGUCACACCUAUGCAGGAGGCGCCCGACGUGCGGCCGCAGCUGCCGCCAUCUCCGCGCCCACCAAGGCCCACUGUCGAAGAUGUCCCAGAUGAAGAUGAGGACGCACCUGCACUCCUGGAUGUAAAUGACAGCGACGACGAGGAUGACGAUGACAGCGCGGAUGAGAACAGCAACGACGACGUUCCACUGCCCGAAAUUAGGCGCCGGCGUCACGCCGCGCGUGCCGCGCAGCCACCACCACCUCCUCCCCCAGCUCCGGAACUGUGCCGUUCAGGUCGAAUGCGCACGGCACCGGUAGCGGCCGAUGAUGACCGCUAUUUCAUGUCCUCCUACACACGGAAACCGAAGGGCCAGGAUGAUGUUGAGGGCCUCGACUUCAAUGAAACCUUUGCACCCGUCGCAAAGUUCGCUUCUGUCCGAACACUACUUGCUCUUGCUGCCAAGCUCGACCUCGAGAUCCACCAGAUGGAUGUCAAAUCGGCAUUCCUGAAUGGUGAUCUUGAUGAGGAGAUCUACAUGAAGGUUCCCUCUGGCUUCCGCAGGUCCAACAGCCUCGUCUGGAAGCUGAACAAGGCCCUCUAUGGUCUUAAGCAGGCUGGACGUGAGUGGUACAAGAAGAUCCGUGCUGAGUUCGAGGCGCUUGGGUUCACCCGCUGCCACUCGGACCACAGCGUGUUCUACAAGAACGAUGACGGUAUUCUCCUCAUUAUCGCCAUUUAUGUCGAUGACAUGCUCAUUCUUUCUGACAACCUCACUGCUGUCACCACCCUCAAGGAAGAUCUCAAGUCUCGCUUCGAGAUGACCGACCUUGGUGAAGCACGGUGGCUCCUUGGCAUGGAAAUCGCUCGUGAUCGUCCUCGCCGUGUCCUCGAGCUCUCGCAACACCAGUAUGUCGAGAAGUGUCUUGCACAACAUGGUAUGGCCGAUUGCUGCCCGGUCAGCACACCUAUGGCACAGAACCAGAAGCUCGUCAAGCUCUCGGAGGCGGAGAUCGACCCGAAGCCUUACCAGAGCGUGCUUGGCUCUCUCAUGUAUGCAAUGAUCGGGACUCGCCCUGACCUUGCAUUCACAAUGGGCGCGUUGAGCCAGCAUGCUGCAACACCAGGCAAGGAGCACUGGAUUGCUCUUAUGCGAGUCUAUCGCUACCUGCGUGGGACAGCAGACAAGAAGCUCGUCUAUUGUGGCACUACCAAGGAGAAGGAACCCCUUCUCGGAUACGUGGAUGCAGAUUGGGCAGUGAACAUCAACGACUGUCGAUUGGUCACAGGUUUUGUUUUCCUCAUAUCGGAAGGUGCUGUCAGCUGGUCUUCAAAGAGGCAGCACUCGACAGCGCAGUCCAGCACUGAAGCUGAGUAUAUGGCUGGAGCUCAUGGUACAAAGGAAGCAGUCUGGCUUCGUGCUUUCCUCUCGGAGAUUGGACAGGUUCAGAAGGGCCCUACUCCAUUGCUCAUCGACAAUCAGUCCACCAUCGCGCUAUCCAAAAAUGCUGCUUUCCAUGAACACACCAAGCACAUUGCCGUCCGCUACCACUUCAUCUGUGAGAAGUAUGACUCCGGCGAGAUCAAACCUGAGUACGUUCCUACCGGAAAUCAGGUUGCUGAUGUCUUGACGAAGGGGCUUCCUCGUGAGAAGCAUGAGAAGUUUUCAGCGGGGAUGGGCUUGGCUUAA